AUAUUAAGGAAGGGCUUGAAACCAGAACUCCUCAACUACCAGCGGAUAGAGAGAAAUAGAUAGGUGCCAGCCGCUUCUAACAACAGUAUAUACGCAUGGCAGUUGUGUCCACGUCACUCACGGGUGCCGGAUCUCAACUCUCCGGCCACUUUUCCGGCCUGCGCAAGUCUUUUCUCAAGCUCGACAACUCCAACUCCAAUUCAACUCAGUCUUUCUUUCAGAAUGUGGAUUCUCACCUCCGCCUUUCGUCUUCUCGGAAAGGAUGCCGCGCCGUCGUCACUAUGGCUGGCUCCGGAAAGUUCUUCGUUGGUGGAAACUGGAAGUGUAAUGGAACAAAAGAUUCGAUAAGCAAGCUUGUCUCUGACUUGAACAGUGCAACAUUGGAGUCUGAUGUUGAUGUUGUUGUGUCACCUCCUUUUGUUUACCUCGAUCAAGUAAAGAACUCACUAACUGAGCGAAUAGAGAUAGCUGCGCAGAAUUGUUGGACGGGAAAAGGUGGUGCUUUUACUGGAGAAAUCAGUGUGGAACAAUUAAAAGAUCUUGGAUGCAAGUGGGUUGUUCUUGGGCACUCUGAACGGAGACAUAUUAUUGGAGAAAAUGACGAGUUCAUUGGAAAGAAGGCUGCAUAUGCCUUGAGCCAGAAUCUUGGAGUAAUAGCCUGCAUUGGAGAGCUGUUAGAAGAAAGGGAAGCAGGAAAAACUUUCGAUGUCUGUUUUCGGCAAAUGAAGGCUUUUGCAGAUGCUGUGCCAAGUUGGGAUAACAUUGUUGUGGCAUAUGAGCCAGUAUGGGCCAUUGGAACUGGUAAAGUGGCCACACCUGAGCAGGCUCAGGAAGUGCAUGUUGCUGUUCGUGAUUGGCUUAGUAAGAAUGUUUCUGCAGAAGUUGCAUCUAAAACACGUAUUAUUUAUGGAGGUUCGGUCAAUGGCGGUAACUGCGCAGAGCUUGCUAAAAAAGAAGAUAUUGAUGGAUUUCUCGUGGGCGGUGCUUCCCUGAAGGGCGCCGAGUUUGUGACCAUUGUUAAUUCUGUGACUUCCAAGAAGGUUGCUGCAUGAUUAUUUCACAAAAUGGCUCAGAGUACCUAGCAAUACAACACAACUAACAUUGUGAGCCUUUUCUAUUUCGGGGUAUUUUGAUUACCCCCAUCUCAUCAAUAAUUAUGCGAAGAAGGCAUUUUUCAUUUUGCUUGGCAUAACUAAUAAUGUGUAAUGUAACACUAGAGUUUUAUGUUACAUGACGUUUUUAUAUUAUAGUUUAAUAAUUACCAAUUUCGAAAUUUUGAAGUGAAUUUGUGAUU